CACUCUCGCCCCUCAGGCGAAGGGAGCCCCCGGCCGUGCUCACGGUGUUAAAUGUGCGGGGAAAGCUGGGAGGCUGGAAAAGGAGCCGCCUCCGGUCCCGGCGCUGCUCGUACGGCUCCUGGCUGCCCUCCCCGUGCGGCGCUGGCUCAGCCGGACACUGACAGCAGCUGGAACGGGACUUGGACGGUGCGAGCUGCAGCCCUUGCUCAAACCUAAGAGCUGCCAAUGCUGCCCUGUGGAGAACCCACUGACUGUGGUCAGCUGGUGCUUAGCCAGUGACUUGUGGUAGCACCAGAUGAAUCUCAGCACUGAGAGAUCAGUAGGUGGCAACGAGGAACACUUGUGGAAGCCAGAAACUUUGGCACAAUGAGAUGCCUCACCCAUCCACUGCUCAGGAAGUUGCUGAGCCUCCCACCUCAGCAUGUGCCAGGGCGAGGGACUCCAAGUAAAGGUGCUGUCCUCAAUCCAAAGCAGUUAUUUCUGAGGCAGAGCUGCAGUGCAGAACCUGGGCUCAUGACUGCCACUGAUACGGUCAACUAUUGGCAGAAGGUGUUCGAGACAAAUGGGAUCCCUGAAGCACGAGAAUCCAGUCAAUAUAUCGUGUCAUUUGUCCUGGGAGCAAAAACAUUUCAGAGCCUGGAUUCCAAAAGCCUCCACACUCCACUCACAGCACUGCAGCAGGAGCAAAUCCAGCAGCUGAGCCACAAGCGGCUACAAAGGAUGCCGGUGCAGUACGUGCUUGGAGAGUGGGAUUUCCAGGACCUGACCUUGAAGAUGAGACCCCCAGUAUUUAUUCCACGGCCUGAAACAGAGGAUCUUGUCUCUUUAGUUGUGGAGGAAGAAUUUCAGAAAUGUGAGAAUUCAGCCCUCUGUUUCCCAGUUCCUGUUCCUCGUCCUGUGAUCCUGGAAAUUGGCUGUGGCUCUGGAGCAAUUGCCCUGAGUCUGCUCUGUAAACUGCCACAGAGCAGAGUCAUAGCCAUGGAUAAAGAGGAGGCUGCUGUGGAUCUCACUAGAGAGAAUGCACAUAGGCUGCAACUCCAAGAAAGGAUUCACAUCAUCCACCAAGAUGUUUCACACAGUUCUGCCAAACAGCUGCUGCUCUGGGGCCCCAUAGAUGUCAUAGUCAGUAACCCCCCAUAUGUUUUCCAUGAAGACAUGGCUUCCUUGGAUGCAGAAAUCCUCCGCUAUGAGGACCUUGAUGCCCUGGAUGGGGGAGAUGAUGGCAUGAGAGUCAUCAAAACAAUUCUGUCUUUGGCUCCUUCUCUUCUGAAAGUUUCUGGUGAAAUGAGAAUCUUUGAAGGUCAAAGCAGCAACAAAAAGAAAAUGGAAGAGAGUAGCCGAGAAAGAGAGUGCAGAAAGCAGGGGAGCUUUCUAAGGAGUGUGUUUAUGGAAGUUGAUCCCAGGCAUCCAAAUAUGGUGGAGCACUGGCUACAGGCACACCCAGAGUUACUGCUCACUCUCCAUGCCAUUCACAAAGACUUUUGUGGCAAGCCUAGGUUUCUGCACAUCCAGAAACAAAGCAGCUGACAACUGUGUCAGACAUAACUCUCCUUGCAAGAAUGCUUUUUGCUCUUGAGCCCAGCUCAACAGCUUGUUGAAAACUCUUUCUGCCUUGUGAAAGGAAUCUCCAUUUCCCAAUGUUGGACUCUCCAUGCAGUGAUAGACCCCUCAUUUCCUGACACAGACCUCAUCCAGAGAUGCAGAAGUUCAGCUGAGCAUGUGGAAGUGUUUCACCCUCCUCAGGGAACUGCAUUAAACAUUUUAGUCUGCUCUGCUAAAGUGACUCAGUCAUCUCAGGACCCAAGACAGAAGAGUUCACAGCUCCAGAUUAAAAAUACAACUUCUCAACAUGCCAAAUCAUCCAUUUGGCCUAGAAAGAAUUCAAUUAUAUUUUUGUAAAUUGGCCUUGAGAUACAUUUAUAUGGAAUGUGACCAGAUGAUAAGCCCAAACCCUGGCUUAUACUGGCACAUGGAUAUGCAGGUAUAACAGGACAUAACUGUUGUGCACAUUUCAAAUGCUGUUCAGUUCCAGAAUCCUGAUGCUCCAAUAGCAAAGCAGCUUUUGUUUUCCACUCCUGCUGAGUGAUUGUCUCUGAAGGAUCAGUGCACAUGUUACAGCACCUGAAUUUACAGCCCUUGACACUUGGUGGAUGCUGCCAGAAACAGUCAAAGCAUUUUAAUAAAGACAGUGCUUCAGAUCAGGGUCCUUAAAAGAAUUUCACUGCUACUAUUCAGAGAUGCUGGCAGGCCUGAAUAAACAUCUGGCAUCCACACAUUGCUCCGAUAGUAACAGAAAUGCCUAAAUACCACAUGAGGCAUUUAAUUGCAACACUUUACAGAGAAAGCCAGAGCCACUACUUUGGUUUUGCAGAUGGAGAAGUUGAAAAACAGGAGGUGGAAUGACCUGCACAAAAUUUGACAAGCUGAGUUUGGAGGAGGACCCAGUCUCUUGACAGGCUUGGGAAUAGCUGAGGUCUGUCUCUUUGGGAAGGGUGACUCAGACUAGGGCUGCCUGAAACAGCACUGAGAGAAGUCCCUGAAGUGGACAGUCAACAUCAUGUCAGUGUAAAUAAUGGCAGGAUUGAAUUCAAGCUGCUGUUGCUGCUGUUUCCAGUGGUGCAGGUUCCCUUCCGCACCAUGGCUAGCCAGGGAAGGAAGGAAAGCAAGCCAAGAAAAGGGUCUGGUCUGCCAGGCCAGAUGGAGGUGAGCACUCAGGAGGGGUGGGAGUGUCCAGACAGGGCCCUGCUGUGUGUGUGUGUGCCAGGGAGGAGCUCCCAGGCUCUGUCCAGGCUGACCUGGGGCUGCACAGCCUGUGAUAUCAGGUAGGACAUGCAGCAGCAAACUGAGUCUGUUGGAAGGCUGCAGCAGGUUCAGAGGGUGUUACAUGAGCACUGAUACAUCUGCUUCCUUUCAUCUCUUCCACACUCUCACUCCUCAAAUGAGUCUUUCCUCCAUCCCUUUAGCUCCUGAAUAUCAGCCCUGCUUUCCUACAAACACCUGAGCUCUCUCUGAUGAGCCAGCACUUGGGUUCCUGCUGGAACCUUUCCCUCCUCACAGCUCUGUUCAGUCUUGCUUUUCACCCACUGGACAUCUCACACUAUAUCACUAUAUCUCACACAUCUCACACUACUAUCCAGUAGUUUAACCAUGUCCUAUACACUUUUUACUUGAAUUUGUGAGUCUUCUCUGGCCUGCAGUACCUGCCCUGGUUAAAUGCAGUAGAGGAAAUCUAGGGGAGGAGAAAAAAAAAAAAUAGGUCAGUUAAAGUGCAGUUGAGCAUAGGUUUGGAAAUACCAUUUUAGUGCAGCUGAUUUCUGGCCUCCUAGAGCCAUGAGCACAAAGUAUAAUCAAAGGGGUGGUAUUUAGGGAUAUUUUUUAAGUUCAGUUUUUCAGAUUGUUUAAAAAUUAAAUUUAAAGAAAUGAGUUCUCAAAUUUCUUCUGGGUGUUGGCAGUGUUUGUGUAUGAAGCAGAGCAUUAUGCACAGCCUGCUUCUGCAGGAGACCUUAAAAGCUGGAUAGUCCCUGUGCUGAUGGGAAUGUUAAACAGCAUCAUGCUGCAUUCUUUAGGGGGUGGGCUGGUUCCCUGCAGCAGGCUGGUGUUAGGUGACCCUCUGAGAGUGCCAGUGUCUGGGCUGCAGAAGGGAGUGUGCUUUUUCUUGGAAGUAUCAGUCAAUCCCUUGUCUGAGCCCUGAGCAGGACAAAUCCCAUGCAAGACAGACUAUUGGUCUAAUCCAGUAGAACAAGUGUUAAAUUCUAUAUUUGUCACUACAACACUUGCAUUUCUAUGUAUUUGCAUUGUAUAGUCAUUAUAUCUCUUGGAAAAUCA